AUGCUCGAAAAGGAGCAGGUCUCGCUCGCGAGCCAGAUUACCCGGUCUUACUCGGACAACCGCCAGUCGCGGUACCGCGCGCAUUUGUACGUCAGCUCGUACGGCGGGCAGCUCAAGGAGCGGUUCGAGGGGACGUUGGGCAGCCAGCACGUGCAUUGGAAGGGCGUGAAGCUCGUCGAGGGCGACUUUGUCGCGGCGGCCAAGGACGCGGACGAGCUCAUGCGGGGCCCCCGCGGCGGCAAGAUCAUCGACGUGCUGAACCCCACAGAGGAAGACGGCACACCGGCGAAGAAACCCGCCGUGUUUAGAGACAUCAUUCACGACUCGCCGAACCCUGACCCCGAACCCGAACCCGCGGACGAGCUGAAGAACAUUGUCUACCUCUCCUCCGAUUCGGUAAACACUCUCGACCGCCUCGAGCCCAACACGAGCUACGUUAUUGGCGGCCUCGUCGACAGGAACAGGGAAAAGGGCCUGUGCCACCGCCGCGCGCGCGAAAUGGGCAUCCGGACGGCCAAGUUGCCCAUUGGGGAGUACAUGAACCUGUCGAGCCGGAGGGUCCUUGCGACGAAUCACGUUGUGGAGAUUAUGCUCAACUGGCUCGAGACGGGUAGCUGGGCCGAGGCGUUCCUCAAGAUCAUCCCCAAGCGCAAGGAGGCGAAGCUGAAGGAGGAGGGCGCGGGUAGUGCUAGCGGGACGCCGGGUGCUCAAGGUGAGGGUGAGGGCGAUGAUGUUGAGGAUAGCAGGUUUGAUGAAGAGAAUGACGAGGAUGUGUAUGAGAAGCAGACCAUCACGGAG